AUAUUGGGUCAAAACAAAGCACGGCUAAAAAUACAUACAGGAACACAGGUAGGUCGGUUAUCGUUAUCGGACGGUGUGAAUGUAUGAUGUGGCGCCAUCGGAUCUAUAUCGAACAGCAAACAUAUUAUAACACAGUGGCGUUCACCGAAUUUAGGGCUGGAAACUAGAGUGGAGGCAAAAGGGCCCUAAGUUCUGACCGUUACGAUCUGAAAGCUCACCGUAGUAUCUCACUAGCCCGCGCAUUCUAGGACUGCAAGAAACCCCCAAGUCCAACUUAACUACUUUUACCCUGCAUAUUGGAAAUCAGGCAGUGCAGCAAUGCAAGGAGGAUCUUCAGGCAUCGGAUAUGGUCUAAAAUACCAGGCAAGAUGUAUUUCGGAUGUCAAAGCUGACACAGAUCAUACCAGCUUCAUCACCGGCACACAGAGUCUUAAAGAAGAAAACGAGGUGCAUUUGAUUCGCCUAUCGACGGGUGGAACCGAACUCGUAUGCGAGGGUUUGUUUUCUCACCCGAACGAGAUAUGGGACCUCGCUUCCUGCCCAUUCGACCAGCGAAUCUUCUCCACCGUCUACUCUACUGGUGAGUCAUAUGGAGCAACAAUAUGGCAGAUGCCUGAGUUAUACGGGGAGUUAAACUCACCACAGUUGGAAAAGAUUACCUCACUCGAUGCACAUGUUGGAAAGAUUAAGUGCAUUCUUUGGUGGCCAUCUGGAAGGCAUGAUAAGCUGAUCAGUAUUGAUGAGGAAAAUAUUUUCUUGUGGAGCUUAGAUGUUUCAAAGAAAGCCACUCAGGUACAAUCACAAGAAUCAGCAGGUAUGCUUCACUACUUAUCUGGAGGAGCAUGGGACCCACAUGACAUGAAUGCUAUUGCUGCAACUAGUGAAUCUUCAGUCCAAUUUUGGGAUUUAAGGACAAUGAAGAAGACAAAUUCAAUUGAGCAUGCUCAUGUUCGCAAUAUCGAUUAUAACACCAAGAAGCAUCAUAUACUUGUGACAGCAGAAGAUGAGUCUGGAAUACGCAUUUGGGAUCUCAGGAAAACCAAGGUUCCCAUUCAAGAGCUUCCUGGACACACACACUGGACUUGGGCUGUCAAGUGUAACUCCGAGUAUGAUGGACUGAUAUUGAGUUCUGGUACAGAUUCAACUGUCAACUUGUGGUUGGCUUCUUCAACUAACUGGGAUGAGUUGACAUCCGAAAGACUGGUUGAUUCACCAACUAGGCGGGUUGAUCCAUUACUUAAUUCUUACAGCGACUAUGAAGACAGUGUUUAUGGCCUUGCUUGGAGCUCCCGCGAACCUUGGAUCUUUGCUUCGUUAUCCUAUGAUGGCAGGGUGGUUGUGGAAUCGGUAAAGCCUUUUCUAUCGAGAAAGUGAAGUUCUAGGCAUACUGGUCUAGAUGGGCAAUGGCCAUAACUUUCUAUGGAGCAGGUAGUUCCAGAUUCGGUUUGAGCAAACGCGCUUUCGUACAUGCCUGAAAGGCAUACAUGUAACUGGUGCUAUCAUGGCUGAAAGAUAAAACUCGGCCCUUUAAUGAUUUAGUGUUUUUAUAUCAAAUACUAUUAAUUAAUUUAUAUUAAAAAUAUUUUAAUUAGUUAUUAUUAUUAUUAUUUUU